UUCAGUUUCAGUUGGAGUUCGUACUUAAUAACGUUAAAACAUACUCUAAAAAUAACAGCACGAAAAUAACGGACGACGGACGGUCUCAAACGAAAGUAACAAGCGCAACCAUAAUAAAUAUUAAUAAUAAAAAAAAAUAUACAACAAUACUACAAAUCUGCAUUAUAAUAAGAAUAGAAAAGCAAGAAAAAAGUAAUAAUACCAUACAAAAAAUUUUGAAUAAAAGAAAACAACAUAACACACGUUUUGGCAAAUAGAAGAAAAACGCAGCAAAGAAUAAGCAACAAAUACAGUAGCGCUGUAUGAAACAAUAAACACCGACAACAUUUUAAACACGUUUCAGGGAUUUCAAGAAAAUAAAACCACAAGAAACAAAAACCCACAACAACAAACUAAACAACUAAAAGAAAUAUUUUUCUUAAACAAAAGGCAGAGGAGUAACGUCUUUUUUUUCAGCAAACAAAAAUAUUGAACAACAUUGCUAACCUCAAAAAUUAAUCAUCAUCAUCCCAAGCAACGAACAUUAACUGCAGGCCGGUGAAAAAUGUCCCAAAGUGAAGCAACCUCCACACCAUCGACUCCCUCGUCACCCAACAGCGGCAGCAUGCCAUCUAGUCCGGAUGUUAUUAACAAAGCGGCCACCAAGCUUUGCCAUAUUGUCAAGAGGGCCGAUUUCGAUGGCUAUGGCUUUAAUCUACACUCGGAAAAAUCCAAGCCGGGCCAAUUCAUAGGCAAGGUGGAUGCCAAUUCACCUGCCGAGGCGGCUGGCCUUAAAGAAGGCGAUCGCAUUUUAGAAGUCAAUGGCACUGCCAUUAACAGUGAGACCCAUAAGCAGGUGGUGCAACGCAUCAAGGCCAUUGCCUGUGAGGUCAGAUUGCUGCUGAUCGAUGUGGAUGGCAAGGGUGAUGCUGCCAGCAACCCAGAAGCCAUGGGCAAUGGCCAUCAGAGCUCUAACAACAACAACAGCAAUUCCAGCACCAUGAUGGAGGUCAGUAAAACGGAGCAGGUGUUGCCGGGUGCAAGUGAGAAUAUCAACAGCAUUACCAUGGUCUCCACCAAAAGGGCUUCGCAGGAAUCGCAUCGUUCCAGCUCCAGCACAGUGACGGCCAAUGCCAAUGGCAGUGAUGUUACCGAUCAUCAAGUGAGUCAUGCUCACAAUAACAACAACAACAACAUUGUGCCACCACCGCCUUCAGCCACCAUGGCCACUGUACAGAAAAUGCCAAAUUCGCCAACUACAAAUGCCAAUGGUGCUGCCGGUGAGAAUGGCAAUCUGGGAGGAGGUUCAGCUGCUGCGGCAGCCUCCUCAACGGCGCCGGCGCCGUCUGCCAAGAUGGGGGGUCUUCACUUGAAUAUGACGGCAGCUGAAAUGCGUGCCAAGCUAAUGUCGAAGAAGAAAUACGAUCCUAAAAACGAAAGUGUUGACUUGAAGAAGAAAUAUGAAAUUGUACAGAAACUCUAAGGCGAUUCACCUCCCUGUACCCCCCAUCAGUAAACCCUCUUUGCACCAAAACAACAGCUAUUGUUUCGCUUCCACGAAGGUCAUUCUUUUGUUGUUUUUUGAAACUUUUGAAAAUUCUAUGGAAUAAGAAACAAACGAUAGACAGACAGACCGACAAUCUUUUUCUUAGCUUUAAGUCUACAAGAAUACAAACACACACACACACACAUACACCCCCUUAUUCACAUACACUUAUGUGAAUAUACAUAUUGAAUUAUGUAUAAUUUUAUUAUUAUUAUCAUUAUUAUUAUUAUAAAAUAUUUUUUUCUUCUAUUUUUUCCUUCUCAGAUAAACAUUUCGGCAAACGAAAUUUCGUUUUUUUGUUAGAAUUACCUUGAAAAAAAAAGUAUGGCCAUCAAAAUUUACUUAAAAAAUCAACAAAAAAUUUAUUGCAACCUAUGUGU